GUGUUGACAACUUUUUGUGAACUUGAUAUGACAUACUUUCCUUACGAUCAACAAAUCUGUAAAAUCCACAUUUCCCCAAUUGAUUUCAAUCAAGGACAACUCAAAUUUAUUAUAGACAAUAACUCACCAAUACACCGACCCACUUUCAUACUUCUGAAUGUAUACAUACCAGUUAUCAUCUUGUCGUUUUUGAAUGCUGCUGUGUUUGCUGUUCCAGUUGAUUCUGGUGAGAAGUUGAGCUAUGUUCUCACAGUACUUCUGUCUUUGGCUGUUUUUAUGAGUACUAUCAGCCAUAUGUUACCAACAACGUCAAAUCAUACACCAUAUAUCACCAUCUAUCUAUCUUGUCUGAUCGUUAUCAGUACCUUAUCUGUCUUAAUGACAGUACUAAUUAUAAGAUUUACAACAUUUUGUGCACUGGACAUGACACACUUUCCUUUUGAUAAGCAAAUCUGUGACAUUCUAAUUCUUCCUAUUGACUUUACUCAAAAGCAACUCACACUGGUAUUAAAGGACAAUUUUUCAACGCAUGGGACAAGAGAAAAUGGUGAAUGGGUAAUAGAAGAACUGAGCGGAAGCAACGAAACAAAUGUAGAGAAUGAUCAGUUAUCAAGAGUGACUGUCCGACUCACCUUGACUCGACGCCCAACUUUCAUACUUCUGAAUGUAUACCUACCAGUUAUCAUCCUGUCGUUUUUGAAUGCUGCUGUGUUUGCUGUUCCAGUUGAUUCUGGUGAGAAGUUGAGCUAUGUUCUGACAGUACUACUGUCUUUGGCUGUUUUUAUGAGUACUGUCAGCGGUAUGCUACCAACUACC